AUGCAACGCAUCGACCCGAAACUUCCCGUACCACAGCAACCGACCCCAUUCUGCUCUCAAUACAUUGACGCUCAGGAAUUCCAAGUCAACAGCAAAAAUGCCUUCUCUCGGCUACAGCAAAAAGUGAAAAAAGCGAACAAAGCAGCCGACAAGUUACAGCGUGCCAAAGACGAUUUGCGACGAGCAGCGGAACUGGUGCAAGGCAAGCACUAUGUCUUUUGUGCCAUUGAUAUUGAAGCCUGGGAGCAAGACCACAGUAUCUUACUCGAGAUAGGAUGGAGCUUGUACGAUUCGAAAAGCGACCGAUAUAUGGAUCAGCACUAUCUGAUUAAUUCAUAUCGACAUCUGGAGAAUGGACGCUACGUGAGCGAUCAGAAAAUGCAGUUUGCAUUUGGUACGUCCGUAUGGUGCUCGCUGGACCAGGCGCUCAAAGAGUUAAAAAAGGAUCUGGAUUGGUGCGUGCAACGCGACGGCGGGUUCGUUCUAGUAGGGCACGGAUUGGAUAGCGAUUUAAGAUAUCUUCGAAAGGCCAAGUUCCUUUGGCCCGGGAGCAAUGGCCGAGGUGAUACGCUGGACGUUAACCAAAGCGCAUUGGUAACUAUCUGCAACACCGAUGAAAUGUAUGCAGCUUCGAUCAGCAACUUGCAUAACCCACCCUCGCUUGGAAGCACACUUGGAAUACUCGGGAUUGAUUGUUGGAAUUUACAUAAUGCUGGAAACGAUGCCCAUUACACGAUGCUGCUCUUUAUGGAGCUUAUCAAAAAAGCUAAUGGAUAA